AUGGACCCAACUGCCGCAGCUCGGAAGAGACGACGUCGACGGGUUGCCGAAGAGAAUCGAAAGCGAGCUGCUCGAGCGUGUGAUCGCUGCAAAGCUCGAAAGAGCAAGUGCGUGGAGUCAGGCUUCGGACAAUGUCAAAGAUGCUUGACUGGAAAUCUAGAUUGCAAAUUCGAGAAAGAAAGAACUCCACUAGAUGAGGACUCUCAAAGCGUGCAUUCCCACGCGAACCCACAUGGGACCUCAACUAGCCAUGCCAGGGACAGCCCUCGAGACAACAUCUGUGCUGAAAGUCAAGAGCUUUUAUCGCCCGAGUCUGCAUUGUCGCAAGGCCUUGUCAAGCAUGUCGUUGCCGAUAACUCACAACGGGUUCAGUGGCCCAAUAUUCUUUCACGACUUCGCGAAGCGUUCUCCCUGGAGCCCCAGGCAGCCCCGGAAGAGCGCGACAUGGUCGCCAUGCAAGCACGCAUGAUCAAACCCAAGGCAUUGCACCCUUACGAGUUGACAAGACUUCGUGCAGCUAUAGACGCUUUCCCCCCACGGCCGGUUGCCGACUUCCUUCUAUCAGUAUUCACAAAGCACGCGACAGACACAUUCUUCUACUUUGAUCAGGCUCAAAUUACAGGCGAUAUUGAAGAGUUCUACACAGAUCCAAAUUCCAAUCUUAGGUCUGACCCAAGUUUUAUCGGUCUGGCAAUGGCUACCUUUGCUCUCGCGAGCCAGUGGACAACGCUAGAGCGACCGGAAGGAUCCGGUAUCAUUCGCAACCGCGAAAGUUCUGAUCUUGGAAGGAUAUUUCACCGUCAUGCCAAGACCCUGAUGCCCGAUAUACUAGAUCGAUCGUGCUUGAGGUCUAUCCAGGCACCGUUCGUGUUAGGUGUAUAUCUCAUGCCGGCAAAUGCAAUUGGUUCAUCUUAUGUCUAUAUGGGCAUGGCUCUUCGAAAAGCUUUGACCUUCGAUCUCCAUUUGAACGUGGAGGACCAAGGUAUUGAUGAGCGAGAGAAGGAGGUCCGGCGUCGUCUUUGGUGGUCCAUAUAUUCCCUCGAGCGCUGCACUACAGUGAAACUCAACAGGCCACGCUCCAUCAGUGCCGACAUAAUAACAGCUCUAAUUCCUUCCCCAUAUCCCCCUCUGGACCGACUUCAGACAUACGAUAAUAUACACUUUCAAAUAGCAUACAGCCGCUUGAUCAAGAUACUUGAUCAAGUAGCCGAUCUCGGGGACAAUCAAAUGAACGUAGAACAGCUACUGCGUUGUUCAAAAUGGGAGGCAGAUCUCAAAGAGUGGAAGAGAUCUUUACCUCAGAACUUCAAGCUGGAUCAUAUCGAUCCAAAGGCUCCGAGCUACCGCACAGUCUUUCAUCUCUACUUGAAUUAUUAUUAUUCAUGGAUUACUAUGGGCAAAGUCUCACUCGUGACUGUGGCCCGGUCCAGACUUCGACAGCAUCUCCUUCCCGAGCACCACGCACCCCAACUAAGUGGCACCGUGAAAAGGCUUUCCGAUUCCUGCACAAAAGCCGCCAGAAAGCUUUUGCGGCUAUUCGAAAAUUUGACCAAUACUCAGAACAUUACGCGUUUCUCUUUCACCGACUUCCAAGGUUGCAGUAUCGCAACUAUAGUGACCCUGGUUUCUGGUAUCCUCGAACGUGAUUCAGGGUACGAAGCUCGGGUAGCAUUCGGGCUGGAUUGUCUCAGAAACAUGGCCGCAGGAAAUAUGACUGCACAAAUGGGCGUCAGAUUUGUCGAGGCUGUUCGUUCCAUUACAAAUGAGGCUGCGGAGAAGCUCCAUUGCGCCAGCUCUUGCAGAAACAGGCAUGAGGACGUGAACUCUCACUCAACCUCUGCUUACAAUCAAUGGGCUGAGUGGCUUACUGUACAAGAGCAAGAGGAUACAUCAUGUCACCCUCAUACUGAGCCGGGCCAAUCGCAGACAUCUUCGACUUCACAGCCUGCCGUUGGUCCAUGUCUACCAUGGCAUGCUAUCGAUGAUGAUAUCUUUCACAAUACGUCUUCGCUACCCCCGCAGGAUAUCAGGGAGGCAAGAAACAACCAAUUGUUAGAAGCUACAGAUCAGUAUUUAUUUUCAGGCCUUCACGGAGACGAGCAGACUUUAUUGAUGGGCCUCACGGGGCUAGAUGCUCUAGAUUUUUCAGGACUGACAGAUCAAUUGUAA